CUCAGAUGGGAUUAAAGUAUCUACCGAAAGAGAAGCUCUCGAAUCUCGAAUCUCAAAUUUUGUAUCUACUUGAAUUGAAUAUCCGCGCGUGCACACAACACACAGCACAAAGAUAGAUCAUCGCCUUCGCACAUCGCCAUCGCCAUUGCCAUCAACGACGACGAGACACAAACCGCGAUCGGGGUUAGUUGUUGCUCUGCUGAUAUCAGUUUUUAGUAAAUAUACCAAAACCAAACCUACAAAAAUUCAGACAAGUCGAAAACUCAGUCGAAAAGUAUCUCCUCGUUGCUUCUUCAAUUCAAUCUUCACUUCAAUUCACUCGCUAAAGCUUCAUCGUUUUGUUCGUUCGCUUGUUGUUCUUCGCUUAAACUCGCGUAAUACAAAAAUAAAAUAUAUUAUUUCCUUCUCUUCCUCUGAAAAAGGAGAAGAUUUUUUACUACCUAUACUAUCAUCGGGUGCGGGUGGUUGUUAAGUUAUUAAAAAAUAUUUGUUUCUUUUUAUUUAUUUUUUAAAAUUUUUAUUUGAUUUUUUAAAUUUCGUUUUUCGCAAUAUUCGGUAUUUAAAUAAGGAAAAAAACCGAAUCGUUGGAAACAUAUGGAAGUUAGUGUGCCGCUCAAUUCGUUAUCGUAACUUGAAAGCAGCAAAAGUGUGUUGCGCUGUUCGGCUUCUUGUAAUUUAAAAAAAUACGAAAUAUUCCUAAUUCUUGAAAUUGUGGUCUAGAAAAGUGAUAUCUUUUCUUUUUUUGAAUAAUAUUUUUUUUUUGAAAAGAAGACACAGAUCCUUGGUUAUUAAUUUUUGUUUCGAUAAAUAAUUUUAUAAAUUAAAAUUCUCCGGAAAUGUAAACUAAUCGUUCGAGAUACUUUUUCCCAUAAAAUAAUUAUAGAAAAAAAAAACUAGAAAACAAUUGAAAUUAUCGAAUACCGCAAUUAAAUUGUUUAUUUUGUUUCCUGAAUAAGUUAUUUCUCGCUUCAAAUAGUUAAGUGUUUCGAAUAGAAAUUAAAAUUAAAAAUUACAACGGUUUCUUCGAACCGAUUAAAAGAUAGUUGAGUGGAUUUUUUCAGAAGGUAGCGCCGUUAACUUCAAUAUUUCAAAACGUCUCCAAUUAUAAUAAAAAGUGUUUUACCAACGAAAAUAAGAAAAAAAUAAAAAAAAGAUACAUAUAUAGAUACCAAAAAUGACUGGUUACAUAUAUGACGCCGAUGAGCCAGUGAAGCCAAAACCAAUUUCGGACGAUACCGUGUCCAUCAGAGAAAAAGUCACACUAUCCAAAGGAGAAAAAUGGCGGAUUCUAAAGAACAUCAGUAUAAUUUCGUUUGCCUUUAUGGUACAAUUCACAGCUUUUCAGGGUACGGCUAAUUUACAGUCAUCGAUUAAUGCCAAAGAUGGUCUAGGAACAGUUUCCCUUAGUGCAAUUUAUGCAGCCUUAGUUGUAUCGUGUAUAUUUUUACCCACCUUGAUAAUAAGACGAUUAACUGUUAAAUGGACAUUGGUCUUCAGUAUGCUAUGCUAUGCUCCAUACAUUGCCUUCCAGUUGUAUCCAAAGUUUUAUACAUUGGUACCAGCUGGUAUUCUAGUCGGUUUGGGUGCAGCACCUAUGUGGGCAUCCCAAGCUACAUAUCUCACGCAAGUUGGGCAAGUUUAUGCUAAAAUAACAGAGCAAGCUAUUGAUGCUAUAAUUGUACGAUUCUUUGGAUUCUUCUUCUUGGCCUGGCAAACAGCUGAAUUGUGGGGAAAUCUCAUUUCGAGUUUGGUUCUCUCAAGCGGUGGACAUGGAGGUGGUGGCGGCAGUGGUGAUAAUACUGUUUCCGAAGAAGAUCUUCAAUUUUGUGGUGCUAAUUUCUGCGUUCAUGGGGCUAAUGGACACGCUAACUUGGAACGUCCCCCAGAUGAUGAAAUCUUCGAAAUUACAAUGAUCUAUGUCUCUUGUAUUAUUGCCGCCGUUGCUAUUAUUGCUAUUUUCUUGGAUCCUCUUAAACGGUAUGGUGAAAAACGUAAGGGUUCACAAUCAGCUCAAGAAAUAUCUGGAUUAGAACUUCUGUCAGCUACAUUCCGUCAAAUGAAAAAACCCAAUCAGCAACUUUUAAUCCCCAUCACUGUGUUUAUUGGCAUGGAACAGGCCUUCAUUGGAGCUGAUUUCACUCAGGCCUAUGUGUCGUGCGCUCUGGGAAUUCAUCAAAUUGGUUUUGUGAUGAUUUGCUUUGGAGUUGUAAAUGCAAUUUGUUCGAUUCUGUUCGGUUCGGUGAUGAAGUACAUUGGAAGGCAGCCAAUUAUUGCUUUGGGUGCAGUUGUUCACUUCACAAUCAUCAUAAUUAUGCUCGUCUGGAAGCCACAUCCUAGUCAGCCUAUUAUCUUCUAUGCGAUGUCUGGACUGUGGGGUGUUGGUGAUGCUGUUUGGCAAACACAAAUCAAUGGUCUCUAUGGUCUGCUCUUCCGACGAAACAAGGAAGCUGCUUUCUCAAACUAUCGACUCUGGGAGUCUGCAGGUUUCGUCAUUGCCUAUGCCUACGACACAACCUUGUGCACACGAGUGAAGCUUUACAUUUUGAUUACAGUCUUAGUGUGCGGUGUCAUUGGCUACAUUAUUGUUGAAAUCCUCUACAAGAGGAAGCAACGUAAACUCAAGAAACAAGAAGCUAAGGACAAGGAAGCUGAAGCUGCAGCAGCCGCCGCCGCUGAGGCCAACAAGGAUGAGCCUGAAGAAACCGAUGAUGAACUUGAUGAACUCGAAGAAGACAUUGUAGUCACUCACUUUUAGGUUCAACGAUUAAAAAAUACAUUUCAUCAUAAAUCGCUUCUCUUAAGCAAGUGCAAUCUUAAAACUUAAAAAACUUUGAAUUGAAAACGAAAAAGAGAAGAGCUGGAACUUUAAAAAAUAUUGAUCGAGCAGUACAAUAAUAAUUGAAUCGAAAUGCUUAGUUUCUUAAUCAAAAUAGGA